AUGUCUUUGGAGGCAGACCUGGAGCUGAGCAGUGAGGAGGCCUUUCUGCACCUUUUCCCCCUGCAUCGCGCCUGUCGGGACGGGGACGUAGAGGCUCUGGUCGGGCUGCUCCACCGGCUCUCGGAGCACACGGCUGGGCACCUGAGCACCGAGGACUACCGCUUCGGAUGGACCCCGCUGCACUGGGCUGCUCACUACGGGCAGCUGGAGUGCCUGAUGCUCCUGGUGCAGAUGGGCUGUGAGGUGAACACGGUGAGCAGCCGCUUUGACCAGACCCCCACCCACACCGCAGCCUUCGGGGGCCACUCUCACUGUGUGGUGUGGCUCACGAAAGCGGGGGCCGACGUCAACCGACAGGACCUGACCGGGGAGGCUCCCAUCCACAAAGCGGCUCGCACCGGCAGUUUGGAGUGUAUCCAGGUGCUGCUCGUCGCUGGAGCUGAGCCACAUGUGAAGAACGCGUGUGGACAGACCGCAGCGGACCUGGCUCGGGCUCAGGGCUUUGCUGACUGCUUCCAGCUCAUCUCCAGCCUCCUGCAGCUCCACGGCGCCCCUGGUGGUCAGAGCCAGGGCAGCAGGAAGAGGCUGCUGGGAGGACAGGAGCACAGCCGCAAGAAGAGGGCCAAGGCGGACGAGGAUCAGCAGCAGGAGCAGCAGCAGCAGGAGCAGCAGCAGCAGGAGCAGGAGCAUCAGCAGCAGCAGCAGCAGCAGCAGGACGUCUGCAUGGACUGUGGAUCUCUUCCAGAUGAGAGCCCAGUCUUUCCGUCGCCUGAAUCCCAAAGCUGUGGCUCUCUGCACGUGGGGGACGGCAGCCCGGAUCGGCUGGGGCCCGGACCGUGUGGGCCCCUGGGAGCUGUGCGGCGGAGGGGAGGGUAG